UCUCUCUAAUCUCCCCUCUACCGGUAGCUGCCUUCACAGGAAGAGAGAGAGAGAGAGGAGAGAGAGAGAGACCAUGUCCCUCACGAGCGUGAAAAUGUCGGAGGAGGUCUGGCUGACGUGCCUCACCCACGCAUUGUCCACGGAGACCGAAGAGAUCAUGGGCCUCCUCCUCGGCGACGUCGAGCACUCAAAAAAUGGGACUGUCACAGCAAUAAUUUGGGGUGCAUCGCCUCAAAAACGAUCUGACCGGCAAAAAGAUCGUGUUGAGACAAAUCCCGAACAGUUGGCUGCUGCAUCAGCGCUGGCUGAAGAGAUGACCAUGUCAACAGGAAGAACAACAAGAGUAAUUGGAUGGUACCAUUCGCACCCACAUAUAACGGUUCUCCCGUCCCAUGUUGAUGUACGGACACAGGCAAUGUAUCAACUCCUAGAUUCUGGAUUCAUUGGGUUGAUAUUUUCCUGCUUUAGCGAGGAUAUUAGCAAGGUUGGGAGAAUUCAAGUCAUAGCUUUCCAAUCUUCAGAUGGGAAGCAAAACCAGAUAUCAAGACCUAUCCCUCUAUCUCCGGUUAAUAGAAGUUCAGUCAUAGACUUGGAAUCAUCUUUGAGUUCCUCCGAGAAUUUGUUGGCACGAUCUAACUCUGGGAGGGGGGAGAACCCCGAAGAGGACACUGGUGAUUCCAGAAUCUCUGCUGGAGCUAAUAAGGGGCGGGGAAGGUCAUCGGACUUGGGGGGUUUCUUUGCUAAUGCUGAUACCAAUUAUCUUGGAAGAGAGAUAAUUGGUGAAAAUUAUCGCAAUGGAAAUCCAAGCAGCAGUGCCAUUGUUGCUAUAGAUCCCAUGGAUAUGACAGAAAGCAUGCAAGAGGCUAUGCAUAGGUCAAACUUGGACAUGAGUGGCGCCGAGUAUGUGAGGAAAGAAGUACCCCUCUAUGUGUUACCCAGCUCCUCUCUCCUUAAUGUUGUUUCACCUCUAACUUCAUUUACGGACCUGCAACGUGUCAUUUAUGAAGAGGAAAGGGCAGCAUAUGUUGAAGCCAUCAGACAAAAUAUGAGGGACGGGAAAGCACAUCCGCUUACUUUUAUUCAUCACACCUCAACGUAUCAGGCUUCCAUGUGCAAGUUAAUGGAAUUCUGUUUAAGCCCUGCCAUUAGAGUACUUCAGGAUCGUGUGAGAGAGAAUGAGAUUCGGAUACUGAAGCUGGUGGAUGAAGCAAAGAGUUUGGAGAUGGAGGUCCAGAGAGGGAGUGAUUCGAGUUCAGGUCACCGGGGAAGUGUAUAUGGUCAGAGAAGCGGACCUAGUCCACCGGAGUCUAGCAAUACAAGGAGCAUGAUCGGUAGCCCCGGCAGCCGAAGCAGGAAAUGGCCCCAGUGAAUUGCAAAGCUAGCCUAAUCUUUAGUGCAUUCUGCAAGGUGUUGUAUCCGGGUGAUAUAUUUGCUUGCCCCAAUUUGGUUUUGCAAUCUUUUGAACCGUCCGUGGGAAGUGUAAGAUGUGAGGUUUGUUCGCGGUCCCUGUUCUUCAGCUGUAAAUCACGUGGUCCAUUUUGGUCGGCCAUUAUACAAACAUUAGCAAAAAGGCGGACUUUCCGCAGCCACAUUGUAAUUGUCUAUCCGGCAUCGUUACUACAUGCUAAGACAUGCAGACAUUCCAUCCCUGUGGCAGCUGCAGACGAACAGCUCGAACCUGGAAAUUAGGAACAGUAGAAUCUCUUUUAAUCCUCAUCAUAUACAGGGGCCUGAUGGCCAGUGACAUAAACCUUGAGCUGUCUGAUGAAUCUGUCGUUUGAGCUUGUGGUCCGUCCACGCAAUUCACCAAA